CUGAUCUGAGUCUCACUGUCGUCUGUCUCUGUGAGAGUGAACAACCGUCCAAAUGGCUCAGCAAGGAGUUCUGCUGGACAAGGACCAGUUCUGUUGUUCUGUCUGUCUGGAUGUACUGAAGGAACCAGUCACCAUCCCCUGUGGACACAGUUACUGUAGAAGCUGUAUUGAGGGCUGCUGGGAUCAGGAUGUUCUGAAAGGGGUCUAUAGCUGUCCUCAGUGCAGACAGACCUUCAAUCCAAGGCCUAAUCUGAAGAAAAAUAACAUGUUGGCAGAGAUGGUGGAGAAACUGAAGAGGACAGGACUCCAGGCUGCUCCCCCUCCUGCUCUGUGCUAUGCUGGACCUGGAGAUGUGGCGUGUGAUUUCUGCACUGGGUCCAGAAAGCAGAAAGCCCUCAUGUCCUGUCUGGUGUGUCUGGCCUCUUACUGUGAGACUCACCUCCAACCUCACUAUGAAUCCCCUGCUUUCAAGAAGCACAAGCUGGUCAAAGCCACCACACAACUACAGGAGAAGAUCUGCUUUCAUCAUGACAAACUGCUGGAGGUUUACUGUCGUACCGAUCAGCAGUGUAUCUGUUGUCAGUGUGUGAUGGAUGAUCAUAAAGGCCAUGAUACAGUGUCAGCUGCAGCAGAGAGGACUGAGAAACAGAGGCAGCUGGGGAGGAGUCAGCAGAAGGUCCAGCAGAGAUUCCAGGAGAGAGAGAAGGAGCUGAAGAAUCUCCAAAAAGCUGUGAAGUCUCUCAAGCGCUCUGCACAGGCAGCAGUGGAGGACAGUGAUCAGAUCUUUACUGAGCUGAUCCGCUCCAUUGAGAGAAAGCGCUCUGAGGUGAAGGAGCUGAUCAGAGCCCAAGAGAAGGCUCAAGUGAGUCAAGCUGAAGGACUCCUGGAGCAACUGAAGCAGGAGAUAGCUGAGCUGAGGAAGAGAAGCACUGAGUUGGAGCAGCUCUCACACACAGAGGAUCACAUCCAUUUUUUCCAGAGUUAUCAGUCUCUCUCCAGUAUCAGUGUAUCUUCAGACUUACCCAGCAUCGUUGUCCGUCCUCUUCAGAACUUUAGAGAUGUCAGUAAGACUGUGUCUGAACUAAGAGGGAAACUAGAAGACUUCCUUAAAGGAGAAUUGACCAAGAUCUCCAUUACAGUAAAUAUAGUGGAUGUUGUACUGCCUCCAGAGCCCAAGACCAUAGAACCGUUGCUACAAUAUUCAUGUCAGCUCACACUGGACCCAAACACAGCAGGAACACGCCUCUCUCUGUCUGAAGGGAACAAAAAGGUGACCUCUGCACGCCAAGUCCAACCAUAUCCUGAUCAUCCAGACAGAUUCACGAACUACUACCAGGUUCUGUGUAGAGAGGGUCUGUCUGGACGCUGUUACUGGGAGGUGAAGUGGAGUGGUAAUGUUAUUACAGCAGUCUCCUAUAAAGACAUCAGCAGAACAAAGACAAAUAAUAUAUUUGGAGACAAUAACAAGUCCUGGGGUUUACAGUGCUAUAGAGGUGGUUAUUGUUUCAGACACAAUAAUGUUGAGACUAAAAUAUCAGGCCCUCAGUCCUCCAGAGUAGGAGUGUACCUGGAUCACAAGGCAGGUACUCUGUCCUUCUACAGUGUCUCUGACACAAUGACCCUCCUCCACAGAGUCCAGACCACAUUCACUCAGCCUCUCUAUCCUGGGUUUUGUCUCUAUGGAACUGCUGAGCUGGUUAAACUGUAGUAGGGUCCACAUAGAUACUAGUCAUGUUGGUGUGGUCUAUAGCUGAGCUGAUUAAACUGUAGUAGGGUCCAUAUAGAUACUAGUCAUGCUGGUGUAGUCUAUAGCUGAGCUGGUUAAACUGUAGUAGGGUCCACAUAGAUACUAGUCAUGUUGGUGUCGUCUAUAGCUGAGCUGAUUAAACUGUAGUAGGGUCCACAUAGAUACUAGUUAUGCUGGUGUAGUCUAUAGCUGAGCUGGUUAAACUGUAGUAGGGUCCACAUAGAUGCUAGUCAUGCUGGUGGUGAUGGUCCCCAGAUAUAAUGGUCUGUUUUUCUGUACAAUAAUUUGUCUGACUGUAGAGUUGAAUUAAAAUGUAAUGUACUUAUUUUUAUGAAAUAUAAUGCUUAAAUCUUGUACAUUUCAAUGAAUCAUGAGGUCUAUUAGUUGGCAUUCAGAACCAUUGAUAUGUUUUCAGAUUUUUACCUUGUCAGCUCGGGGAUUCGAUCUUGCAAUCCUUCAUUUAAUGGCCCAAGACUCGAACCGCAUGCCGCACCAUUCUCUGUCUCUAUGUCAUUCAGUGGCAUUGAACAGGUAGUAUCACUAACUAACUAACUAAACUAUAUUGGACAGACACAGAUUAAUCCUCGUCCUGGGCUAAAAAAGUAUGUUCAAUGUAGAUGUCCAUGAAACCAUCCCUAAAUUUGACAUCUUUCACCCUCCCAUACUGCUUUGUCAAGCAACAUUGACAAAACAAUAAACCAGCAGACAUCUUGACUUGCCUCUCAGUUUCUCAGUGAUGUUCAGAAUAGUACUUUAAUAUCAUUGGAGAUUGAUGGUCUUUUUAAUCCACUAUCCAGAGUCAGGAACAGAUGAAGUAAGGUCUGCUACUGUUUAGUGAUUAAAUAUGAUUUAUGGUGAUGAGAAAUAAAAAAUACAACACUAAACUUAA